AUGACCAAUCUAACGGUGAGGAACACCCGUAGCACCCACCCAGACUGCAUCCUUGAAAUACCAUUACCCGCUAACAGUAACCAGGGCUCCACAGAAAAAUGGUGGAUUCCAGCGAAGAAGGAAGCUCCUGCCCCUCCUAAAUCUGAAGCCAAAGCGAAGGCUUUAAAGGCCAAGAAGGCAGUGUUGAAAGGUGUCCACAGCCACAAAAAGAAGAUCCGCACGUCACCCACCUUCCGGCGGCCGAAGACACUGCGACUCCGGAGACAGCCCAAAUAUCCUCGGAAGAGCUCUCCCAGGAGAAACAAGCUUGACCACUACGCUAUCAUCAGGUUUCCGCUGACCACUGAGUCUGCCAUGAAGAAGAUAGAAGACAACAACACACUUGUGUUCAUUGUGGAUGUUAAAGCCAACAAGCACCAGAUUAAACAGGCUGUGAAGAAGCUCUAUGACAUUGAUGUGGCCAAGGUCAACACCCUCAUUAGGCCUGAUGGAGAGAAGAAGGCAUAUGUUCGACUGGCUCCUGAUUACGAUGCUUUGGAUGUUGCCAACAAAAUUGGGAUCAUCUAAACUGAGUCCAGCUGCCUAAUUCUGAAUAUAUAUAUAUAUAUCUUUUCA